UUCGAUAUGUCAUUAUAAGAAAGAAAGAAGUCACGCAAAUUUUUCUAAUUUAUCCAAAUCGUCGAAUAUGUUGCACCUUUGUGACUUCCUUUGGCAUUUGCAGAACUUCGUGGUUCGGCAAUCAAGUCAGAGCGACACGAUGGCCCUAUCUGUGCGGCUACCACCAGGAAAGGGACCGUACAUCGAGCACUACCUGAUUCAAGCCAACAAGGGGAAGUUGAGCUUGGAGACCAGCGAGAACAGGUUCGACAACAUCCCCUCGCUGAUCGCCCACUAUUCUCAUGAUGAAUUGCCAGUCCAAUUGACACUGCCAAGGGCGAUGCGCGAGGCCAAGAAUAGGCAACAGCUCUCCUCUUUGGCUCUUCUGGGUCAGGAAUUCUGGAGAUACCCGAUGGCGAAUCCUAAACCACCGGAGAGCAGCAGCAGCAACACGUCUAGCUUGAGCAGUUUCCGGGGUGGAAGCUCAUCGCCUAUAGGCGCCUUGACGACGACAACGUUUGCGUCGUCGCUGCCUCGACAACCUCGGCCAACGCCACCGAACACCUUGAAUCUGACAACCUUCAACGAGCCUCUGGAUCUGAAGAAAGAGAAAAUCUCGCCAAGCGACAAGCUAUCUCAAAAGCUGAUUUCCCCAAACUUGGUCCAAAGCGUUCGUUGUCCUUCGCCCGUGGUGCACAACGUGGAGAGUAACGUUCUGAGUCCCGUUCAAGAUACGAAAGUCAGCUUCGAGUCGAAAACCACGGCAGAAACGUCGAAAUCAACGGUGGUCGAAUUAUCCAGGACUAGAUUCUCCUCUGUCAGCACUUCCAUGACGAAUUUCCAUCAGAACGUGUCGACGUUUAAUAAUCUCUCUUGUACAACGUCACCUGUGCUACCUGAGAUCAGGAAUAUCAUAACAGAGAAUCAUACUGCCGGGCAGAACGUAAAGACACCGCCUCCGCCACCUCCGAGAUGGGCGAAACCUGGGAUUGGAAUUGGACAGAAUCAGAGUAAUUUCAACGUCACUACCACUGUCACAUUCAGUGUAAAUCACAUCAGUGAUGUUGGGAGUUCGCAGAACACUCCAUCGGAUCCGAAUACCUCUCUGCUAAGUCCACAGAGCGCCACAUCGAACAAAUCUCUGAUAUCAAACUUCUCCGUCAAGUCUCCCUUAUCACCAACAACGCCAGUACUCUCCCCGAUGUCGAAACUAGUCCCAAACAUAGGCUCGAAGAUGCCCAACGUUCUCUCGCCGACUACACCAUCGAGUACCAGCAAAUCGAAACGAAGACGAGACCGAGAAGCGCGAAAGAACUCGCAACACUAUCAAGAAUCCGACAUUUUGGAAUCGUACUAUCGAAGCUCGCCUGGGGACAAGAUUUCGGACUACGAGGACAUUUGGAACACUACUGAUCAAUCGAACCAUUCCACCUGGUCACCGAAUGAUAAACUAGCGAGGAACGACGGACCAACGAACCAUCAAGAUCGAUUGAGGAAUUCGAACGAUCGACUGAUGGUGCCAGAUAGAGUUAUAAAUCCAUGUUCAGAGAGGAAUUUCAACGAACGACUGCCAGCGAACGAGCAGCUGAUAGUGAGGAACGACAGAAUGAUCGUGAGGAACGACAAGUCAAUUGGAAACGAGAAGUUGAGUUACAAGGAGAUGACCAGUCCUGAGUUCAGCAGCUUCAAGCCUGUUCAGGAGGUGAAGCCUGUGGAACAGAGCAAUGCAGGCAGCGCAAAUUCUUUAAACAGUCCCAGCACGGUGACGCCUCCAAGGAACAAACUGGGCCUGAUGCUGGCAAAGUCAGAGAGCAAUAGUCCCCUGACACCAGAGUCGAAGCAGGGUAGCCCCUUUUACGCGGAACCAGCGGACGCGAUCGCGCAAAACGCUGCAAUAAUACCGAGAAGACGACCCAGAAAUAAUCCAGCGACGAACAAAUAUCGGCACAGUGAACCAGGGUGGCUGCAAACGCCAGUAGGUGCGAAUUCGAAUCAGCUACACCCGAUCGAUUGGGAGGAAUCGGAAGAAACGGAAGAUAAGACGCCUCUGAUCUCCUCCUCCGUUGAUAAUCUGGCCAAGAGGCUCGGCACCAAAGAGACGAAGAAAAUUCCACGUGCCAAGCCAGUACAACCACCAAAGAUCAGGACAAAGGUGUUCAAUGACACAUCCUGGGCUGUUGACUCCAGCUGGGAGUUUAUCGAUUUGCUUUCUCUUCGAACGAUGGAUAGGUCGACAGAAGUAACGAUAACGACUUUUGAUAAUGCUUGUCCAGGCAACGAAGGUGACGAUUGCGAACCAGACUACGACUGUGAUGCGGAUUACGAGGGCGACAACGUGGCCAGAAAAUUUCCGGACGAGGAGUGCGACAGAGAUGUUGUUGGGAACACUUUGACCGUUCAGAGUAUCAUCCUCCAACGGUACCCAGAGUUGUUGAAGCCGCCGGACACGUCGGAGUCACUGUACAGCGACAGGAACUCCUCGUACGAUAACGUCGAGAAGAGGAACGAAAGGGAGGAAGCUGGAGACACCAGGAAGGACCAAACCUACGACUCUUCCGAAUGGGAGACGCCAUUGGAGACAGACGAAAGCGACGUGGAGAGAAUGAAGAGGAACAAGAGCUUUAAGGAACCUCCUCCAAGGUUGCAAGCCCUCAGGAACCGCGAUAACACGGGCACAGGCUCCACCAUAAGGUCGUACGCCCUUCAACUGGCUGCCGACAAGACCACCACCUUCUCGCAGAAUAUCGAUAAUUUCAUUCAGUGCACGAAGGAAGGGAAAGAAGCUAGUCCGCACGUGGUUAUGAGGAACAUAAGACAGUUCAUGUCCGGGAUGAAGAACUACCUGGUGAAACACGGCGAGAGGGAGUUCGAGAAGGAAGUGGAGAAAGAAAGGAUAAAGCUGAAGCCGAAUGAAUUUUUGAACUUGGACGCGAUUUUGGAGGGCGUGAUGAUGAGCCUGGUAGUGAGGCCGCUCAGGGAACAUGUUUACAGACUGUUUAUCGAACAUUACGUGGCCACUGGCUCGUUGCAAACUCUCGCCGAGAACAUCCAGCACGCCCAAGGGAAACAUAUUCAGGAUCUCGGUGUUCGACCAAAGAUCAUACCCCCAUCGGAAGCCAGUUUAGAGCUGAUCCUCAAGUACAUCGAUCGACUUCAAAAGGCGGAUUCACCUCUGGAUAAGUUGGAGAACCUUCUCGGAGCCAUUUCGGCGAUCUUCAAUUCUGUGAAACACGCAAAUUCCGGUAAACACGUAACGCUGGGCGCCGACGACCUUCUUCCUCUUCUAGUUUGGGUGUUGGUUCGUGGCAAGGUUGUGGCCGCUGAGGUGGAGGCUGAGUACAUGUGGGGUCUGCUUCAUCCCUCUCUUCUCACUGGCGAAGGGGGAUAUUAUCUGACGACCUUGUCGAGCGCAGUUCACGUUUUGAAGAUGUUCAAGUCCAGCCAGGGAACGAUGUCCACUUUAAACGGUUGUGGAACACCAGACUGUUCAUCCGUACUACGAAUCUUAGUACCAGAUGAACUGCACGGAUCCCUGAACACCAGAACGUUGCCUGUACGACCAAAUAUGAACACCAGAGAGAUUUGUCGCAUCCUCGCACAUAAGAUCAGGUGCACUAACCCCCAGGACUAUGGAUUGUUUAAACUGAAACCUUACUCGGUGACCACGAAUGUCCACAAGAGCUCUCUCACUGCCUUUUCGCUUACAAGCGGAUUGACGCGAAGAUCGCCUGGCCGAAGACCAGUUCUUAAUCUUAGGACGAACGACGAAACUAACGAGUUUGAAGCAUCUGUUCUUUGCUCUUGUUAGUUUUAUUGCUAGCAACGUGUUUUCCUUCCGAUCGCCACAUUCUUCGCACUCUUACACAUAGCGGAUUCGCAAUAAACUACUGAAUUGUUUUCUAAUCUCGAGCACAAAAACCUCUUCGGUAACUCUUAGGAUAUAUAUAUUUCAACACUGCCAGAUGUAGACAGCUUUUGAUUGACGUGAAAAGAACAAAAGAAAAGGAAAAAAAAAAAAGUUCCCUUGAAAGCGACCAAAGUUUAAUUUAAGAGAAACGAUUAUUAAAUCUUGUAUUCUUUUAUUCGUAAAUCGUGUUAACACUAUGAGGAUCGGUGUAGCGUCGUGCAAUUUUUAGUAAUCGUUUAGUAAUCGGUGACGUGACUGUGGCGUCAUGUAAGUUUCAGCAUUUAAUGGUCUAUGACGAUGCAAUAUAUUAUAUAGCGUCAAGUGAUUUUUUAACGGUUGUAAAUUAUUUUAACGAAAUGUGCUGGCUGUUUGUGAAAAUCAUUCCUGACUGGCUGCCGGUCGUUGUAGUGUUAAUCUACAUCUAUAUUCUCUUAUAUAUCCGAUGUUUGAAAUUACUACGAUCGUCAAUAAUUUUUAUUGGUCGCUUUUUAACACGUUGACUGCCGCGCAAAAAUUUAUUUGUCGUUUUACCUAUGGAGUAUUUAAUUUUUCUAAAAUAAUAUAUUACGAUAACAGUGCAAUGGAAGUGCUUUUUUUUCAUUUUAUGGUAUGCAUCAUUUAUAAUAUUUUUUCUAGUGAUGUUCAUCAUCAUUCUAAAAUUAAUGAUCAUCGUGGUGAUCAUCGUGGCAGCCAAUGUAUUAACAGGCAGGUGCUGGAGCAUCGAAUCGGCUGAAUGGGAUGAUCGAUUAUCGGCACUGAACAAAUUUCCGCCGAACGACCGCUUCUUAUUCGCGAACAAAACGAGAUGAAGGAUCGUGUAUUACUCAGUAUUCUGAUAUUUUGCGAAAUAAUAACACUUCGAUAAUAAAGCUAUCGAUUAAGUCUCGUCGACGAAGUAGAUUUCGAAUUGGAGAAAUUGGAGCAUUCUUCAAUCUCGAAAUCUACGUUCCACGAGAGAACAAUAUACGUUUUUUAUGGGAUGAAGUCGCUGAAACAGAGCAACCAAAUAUCUCUGUAAUAUUUCCUUAGGUAGAUGAAAUUAUUCAAUUCCCUUCUUCAAAAAUUUGACGUAUUUUAAAUUUCAAGUAUUUUUAAACAAUUGACGAUGCCAUUUUGACACUAGGACUCUACAUCAUUACAAUUUAAAUGAUGACGAUUAAAAUAAGUAGAUCUAUGCAAUCAGUGUCAGUGUUUAAACAGAAAUCAAUAUUACAUUAAAUCUUGAAAUUAAACCUGAAAUUCAUCGUAUUGACAGGUUCGAUGGUUCUGGUGUUAAUAUUUAUAUUCGUUUGUAUAUUUUUCAUUCUGUUCUACGUUUUAACAACGUUAUGAAAAGAUCAAUUUUCAUCUCGAAUGAAUUGUUUAUACACGUGCAAAGGAGAUCAGAGAGAUAUCUUGGAUGAACUUUGUUAGGGGUGAUUCAAGCCUAAAGUAUAACCGAAUAAAAAUCAUCAGGGGUGGGAACAUCCCUCUCGAUUACAAAUUUAAUAUUAGACUUAGGAGCACGAAAGGCUAGUUUAGACUCUAUUUUAAGUACUUUCUCGACGAGACGUUGGCGGAUUAUAACAAGCAAUCUGUACUUUUAAGCGGACGUCGUAUAUUUAUUGGGAAGUUGUACACAAUAUUUUACUAUCAUCAUUCGUCGGAUGUUUCCUUUUUUGUGUCGCGUGUGUGUACAAGCGCGCGUGUCGCUUCUUCCUUUCUCCGAAUCUGCCAGGCUGAUUUGCUCACCUAAAUAUUAUUAUAAAAGG